AUGAUGAUUGAUUGCGCCAAAGCAAUACUGGUGGCAUCGCAGCCAGACCUUGAGGUAACCUGCGCUUUUGUCGACAAUGCGCAGCAUAUUGAGCUCUUGCAGAAGACGUACCGCAUCAAUGGUUCAUUUGAGCGGUCCAAGUCGACAUCCUCAGCAACCCCGAGGCUGCGCUUGGCACUAGAAGAGAUAGUAGUUGGUAUUGCUAGAGGUUUUCUGCGCCUAGAACCGGCAGCAAUAAGUUCUGGUGGUAGUAGCAACCACAAAGACGAAGGUCGUGCUUACAUCGAGAAGGUUGCGCAGGAAGUGGCGGAAAGUAGAGGGGUUAGUGGCGAUUCGAGGUGGACACUUUCACCGCAGCGUCGCGAUCAACUUCGAAUUUUUUUAGAUUUAUGGGAUAAAGGAUACAUCGUGACAUUUGGCUCCAAGUUCGGUGCGAAUUUCCUCAUUUACAAAGAUAGCCCCAAACGCACACAUGCGGUAGCGUUGAUUGUGGUCAAACGAUACGAGGAGGAGUUUGAUCGUGUGGAUGUUGUGAGUUUCUGUCGUGUAGCGAAAAUGGUUAAAAAGAAUUUCUUUUUUGCUUGUGUACGAACAAAUGAAGACUACGAGACUGGAUACGAGCAAUUCGGAGAAGCAAGUGAAGAAUCGACAUGA